GCUGGAGGCCUUCCGUCAGCCUUUUUGACGCGGGCCAUGAACAAUGGAUGCAGAUGCAUCUUCCGGAGUUCACGCGUUCGAGAAGCAUCACGAAACAAAGCGAACAAUGAUCCUGGCCCUGACUUCCGAGACCUUUUGCAGGAACCGGACAUGAGAAUGGCAUUGUUCAACUUCGUUCUUGCCGACAUGGCGGAUAAGGUAUUAAAGAAGUUGCGCAGGGAGGACCUGAGUCACCACUGCACGCGCCACCUGGCCUACUGCGAUUCUUUUUCGGUAGGCCUAAAAUGUUCACUUACCCUGCACAACAAUGGACACAGCCAGGCAGCGCCAGGAAAGCGACGAAAGUUCGAAAAGAUAGCAUCACUACUCCUAAACAUAACUGUGUCCUUCGAUGCCCUCGCCGUUCGUGUAAUGCCGGAGUCCCAGAGUAGUCCCUUUCCUAGGGUCCUUCAAGAGGACUCAUCCCAACAACAAGAUGACAAAUGCGUUCGUCAUCCCUACGGCCCACCCACCCGGCUGGAAAGGGCAAAACGACACGGCAGACACCUAACCUCACCCAGACCGAUCAUCACCACUCACCAUACCAAAGACCGCAAGCCCAUCCCAAAUUCCCACCCAGACACAAGUGGUGUGGUGAGUCCGUUCUUCAGCCGCACCGUAGCGAGCAACGUCACUUGCUGACACAAUUGUGCACCGAGCCACCCAGCCUUGUGUCCAUGACACACUCCGAGUCCAAGACGAGGCCAAGACCACAAGCCACGGCCGGGGAUCACCGGACGG